AUGAAUAAAUAACAUAUUCCAGCAAAAGCAUAAGAAAAAAUAUUUGCUUUGAUCCUGAAACGGCCAGAGAAUUUAGUUUGUGCUGAUUGUGCAACUAAAGGUCCUACAUGGGUUAGCUUGGAUUAUGGGGUAUUUAUUUGUAUGGAUUGUGCAGGUAAAUCAUUGAUAGUUAUUUAAUUAGGUGCUCACAGAACUUUGGGUCCCAGUGUCACAAGAGUCAGAUCAACCAAUAUUGAUGGGUGGUAUUAGGAAAAUAUUGAUAUUAUGGAAUCCAUUGGAAAUGCAACAGCAAAUUCUUAUUGGGAAAAUACUAUGCCAAAGAACUACGUGUAAAAUGAUUGUUUAUUGUAUCAUAGCAAACCGAAGAUUAAUACAGGGUUAGAUUCAUUAAUUCGUUUUGUUUAAGAGAAAUAUGUCAAAAAGAAAUUUAUCCCUCAGUAAUAAUGCUUGGAUCCAAAAUAACAAUAUAUGUUAGUCAAAACGUAUUCAAAUUUAAUAACAAUUUAGUACUGUCAAACCAUUCUACUUUCAAGUUGAAACCAAAUAAGAAGAACCAAAGGUGAAACUAGGUGAUUUAAUAGAUUUUAGCGAGUAAUCUGAUAAUUUUGGAGUGAAGGAAACUAAAGUUGAAAUCUUUCACGGAAAUAACACUUAGUAUGGAACUACUCAUUCUUUGUCACCAGAAAAAGAUUAGAAUGAUUUCCCUCAGACUAAAUAACCAACAAAUCACGCUAUGCAUUCAUUACCAUCCUUAGAUAUUCUAAAUCUAUACAAUUCUGAUUAAUAGUAAAAAUAACAGAUGCAAUCAUAACAAACAAUUCCAUAAAAGAAUGUUAAUUAUGUUUAUUUGCAGAACUUAGGAUAGCAAUAAUAGUAAUAUAAUUUCUAGUAAUUCUAAAAUAACAAUGCAUAUUUACAUUAGCAAUAAUAAUAACAAUAAUAGUUUUAAUAAAAUGUGUUUCAUUAGCAAAAACCAAAUUUCGUUUAAUAAUAAUAAUAUAAAUAAAACGAACCCAUCAAUAUUAUGGACUUGUAUCAUAGAUGA